GCAGGAGGAGGAGGAGCAGGAGAAGCAGGAGCGGGGCUGCCGCGGCCGCCGGCCCGGCCCGGCUCCUCUCGGCUGCCCCCGGCCGCGCCAUGUGGCAGAGCAUCGGGCUGACCCUGCUGGUGAUCGUGGCCACGCUCGCCUGCGUGCUGCUCUUCAUGCUGUGCGGGUGGUAUGUGGUGUGGCAGUUGUUUUUGUCUAAAUUCAAAUUCCUGAGAGAAUUGAUAGGUGAUACGGGGUCCCAGCAGGGAGACAACGAGCCUUCAGAGACUGAAGCUGAGCAGGAGACUCCACCCUCGCCUCAGAGAAGUAGACAGAAAUCAGCUCGACAGCGAAGGGCACCCGCAGAAGACUCGACUUAAAGUACUCCACUGGACUCCCGAGUAACUAUGAAUGGUUAACCACCUCUGCACUGUUCAGUGGUGUGAUCUUACUGAAAAACUGACUUAAGAGGUAACAUUAAUACCCUGUGGACCCUGACUUCUGAGCUACCAGUGUAUGAUGCUACUCCAGUAGAGCUUCAGGGAGGGCUUCAGCAGCAAGUCAUAGAAUACUGGAAGAAUGGAGGGGUGGAGAGAAAUCUCCAUCAGAAAAAUGCUGAGCUUCUGUAGCUCCUAUCUCAGCACACAGAUGAAAAACAGGUCCUGGACUAUAGAGUUAGCCUUUGCAUUAGUCUGAACAUAGUAAACAUUUCAGACUUGAAAUAGUUUCUAAAUUAUUUUUUCUUUACAGCACUGUAACUACAUAUAGUGAAAUCGAGUUUUAUUUCCUUAGCUGUAUAUGAAUAUAUAUAUUUUUUCAGCCUUGAGAAUGCACAUGAACUUAAAAAACAGUUGAAAGAAUAUCCUGCUUUAGAACGUAUUCUAAAGUAAGAUUUUAGUUAAGUUCUUGUAUAUAUAAAAAGUAUAAAUGAAAUACAAAAAAUCAAUAUUAGAUGCACAUGAUUUGGAGGUUUUUAUUAUCUCCUU